AUGGAGUUGGGAGCAGACUACCCAGACCCUUUCUGCCCACCCAUGCAUCGCCACACUCUGAAAAAGUUCACCUUGAAAGAAGGGAGGUCAGGGGAGGAGAAACAAUCGAAAGAAAAAGGGCCAGAGCCUAAUGAAAAUGAGAAUUCCAAGAGGGAGAAUUCCAAAGAGGAGGAUGUCAAGGAAAUGGAGCUCAGUUCCAGAACCCACACUGUUAGGUCAGAGUCCGUUCUGAGCUCAGAUGGCGGGCCAACCAGGAAGAGGAAAACCCGUUCCGAGGACCGCAGUCAAGUCCAAGCAGGAAACGAGCGCAGCUCCAGCUUGAAAAGAAGACAGACGACCUCUGGACGGAGGAGCACCGCGCAGAAACACGCCGGCUUCCGACGCAGCCGAGAGGCCGACGUGGGCGCCUCGCCGCCGCCGCUUCGCAAGAGCCUGGUGAGAACCCUGCGCGCCAUGUCCGAGGCCAUUUACCAGGACGCGGCGCAGGCGGAGGCCCUGCAGGCGCGGGCCCUGCUCGGCUGGGAGCAGCUCUCGGCGCUCAGGCAGCUCUGGGGGCCUCUGCACUCCACCAUGCAGACCUUCUACACCCUGGCCAACCAGGCGGCCUGGACUGUGCCCGCGGAGGGCUGGCUGCUCCCUGCACCCGCGUCCGCUCCGGAGCGGGCGUCGGGGAAGGACGCUCAGAGCGCCGCCCUGGAAGGAGCCGGCGAGGCGGCCGAUGCAGUGAGCAAGGCGGACAUCGAGGCGGACGAGACCUGA